AUGGAGUUUCUGUUGCUCCAGAAGAAACAGGACCAGAAGGUGGAGUCCACGGUGUUUGCAGAUGUGGCUGUGGACUUCACUCUGGAAAAGUAGGCUUUGUUGCAUCCUGCUCAGAGAAAGCUUUAUAGAGAUGUGAUGCUAGAAACCAUCAGAAACUUGGCAUCAGCAGAUGAUCAUACACCAUGA